AUGAGCGGCCGAGUUGGCGAUCUGAAUCCUCAGCAACAGGGAGCACUGGCCAAGUUCCGAGAGAACAUUCAAGACUUGCUGCCCACCCUACCCAAAACCGAUGACUACUUCCUCCUGCGCUGGCUUCGAGCUCGAAACUUUGACCUGCAGAAAUCUGAGGACAUGCUCCGCCAGCACAUGGAAUUUCGGAAGCAACAAGACCUGGAUAAGAUCCUUACAUGGCAGCCACUAGAGGUGAUCCAGCUGUAUGACUCAGGAGGCAUGUGUGGUUAUGACUAUGAAGGCUGUCCAGUGUGGUUCGACAUCGUCGGGGCCCUUGACCCCAAGGGCCUCUUGCUGUCAGCCUCCAAGCAGGAGAUGAUCCGGAAGCGCAUCAAGGUCUGUGAGCUGCUUCUGCAAGAGUGUGAGCUGCAGAGUGAGAAGCUGGGCAGGAAGAUCGAGACAGUGGUGAUGGUGUUUGAUAUGGAGGGGCUAGGCCUGAAACACCUGUGGAAACCAGCUGUGGAGGUCUACCAACAGUUUUUUGCCAUAGUGGAAGCAAAUUAUCCUGAGACACUGAAGAAUUUAAUUGCUGUGCGAACCCCAAAGCUUUUCCCUGUGGCCUUCAAUCUGGUCAAGUCAUUCAUGAGUGAGGAGACAUGCAAGAAGAUAGUAAUUCUGGGAGCCAACUGGAAGCAGGAGCUCCUGCAGUACAUCAGCCCUGACCAGCUUCCUGUAGUGUUUGGGGGGACCAUGACUGACCCCGAUGGCAACCCCAAGUGCCUGACCAAGAUCAACUACGGGGGCGAGGUGCCCAAAAGCUACUACCUACGCAACCAGGUGAAGAUGCAGUAUGAGCACACGGUACCUGUGGGCCGAAGCUCCUCCCUGCAGGUGGAGAAUGAGAUCCUGUUCCCAGGCUGUGUGCUCAGGUGGCAGUUUGCAUCAGAUGGGGGGGACAUCGGUUUUGGUGUCUUCCUGAAGACCAAGAUGAGGGAGCGGCAGCGGGCAGGCGAGAUGACCGAGGUGCUGCCUAGCCAGCGCUACAAUGCCCACAUGGUGCCCGAGGAUGGAAGUCUCACCUGUCUCAAGGCUGGUGUCUAUGUCCUGCGCUUCGACAACACCUACAGCAUGAUGCACAGUAAGAAGGUCAGCUACACUGUGGAGGUUCUGCUCCCCGACAAGGCCUCCGAGGAGAAGAUUCACGGUCUCGAGGCAAUGAGGUGUCCCCAAGCAGAAUGAAGACCUCGGCCACCUCU